CCAAGCGCACUACCAGCAGACAAAUGGGCCCUGCCCACACUCCUGCUCUGUUUCCUCUUAGGUGACCUCUUUUCACUUCUUCAAAACACAACCCAUUUUCACAAAACCACACAACUCCCAUUUCAUCAACUCUUUCUCUCUCUUUUCCACUUGUACUCUACAACCCUUUUCUGCUUUCUUCUUCUUCUUCCUAUGGACACAACUUUCAGGCUUGGUGGUGGUGGUGGUGGUGAAGAUUAUGGAGAUGAUGAGGAACUUGAACUUGGUUUAGGGUUGAGUCUUACUUCUGGUGCUGCCAGUCAGGUGGUGGGAUGGCCACCUGUGAAGACUUAUAGGAUGAACAGUUUGGUAAACCAAGCGAAAUUUUCGAAAAAUGAAGGAGAGAAGGGAGCGGGCGGGAACGAAAAUUCAAAAAAAAAGAAAAAUGUUACCCGCGAAAACAAAAAUGAUGAGACCGUCAGUAAGGAAACCGGGCAUUCGGGAUAUGUGAAAGUGAAUAUGGACGGGUUGCCGAUUGGAAGGAAGGUUGAUUUGAAUGCACAUGAUUGCUAUGAAACUUUAGCUCAUGCUCUUGAAAUUAUGUUCUUGAAAGCUUCCUCAAGUGCCGGUUUUAUCCGGACAGAAAAGCACCAACGCUCUCGCCUUUUGGAUGGAUCUUCUGAGUUUGUGCUAACAUAUGAAGAUAAAGAAGGAGAUUGGAUGCUUGUGGGUGAUGUUCCAUGGAGGAUGUUUUUGGGCACCGUGAAAAGGUUACGAAUCAUGAAAACCUCAGAUUCCAAUGGCCUUGCUCCGAGACACCAGGAAAAGAACCAAAGGCCGAAAAACAAGCAUAUUGAGUUGAAAAGAUGAAGAAAAACACUUUAAAGAACUAUGACAGACUAGAAAGUUUGAAGCUUUUGUUUGAUAAUAUCCUGGCUGCUUACUAUAUAUGUUUUCUCUUUUUGGUUCACCCACUGGUUUUUUUCGGUUCUUUUUGUCCAUUCGAUUCUUUUUCUGUUUUUUCGCUGUCAGAAAAUUACUAUAGUUCUAUACUCAACUUGAAUGGUUUGAUGAUGUUACUUACAAGCUCCGUAAGCGCGUAUUAAUUUCAUCUUUCUUGUUUGUUUAUCUUGUUUGCUUAUUUGCAAACUAUUAUUGUAUGUUCAGAAGUUUA